AUGGCCGCCCUUCCACAAACCGCCGACUACUCGGCUACACACGAAGCUGCCGUCGCCGCAGCCGCAGCAGCAGCGGGCGCAUCCUCAUCACAUCCCUCGUCCGAUGCCAAGCAGCCUGCACCGGCCCACGUCGCCAGCGCCAACUCGGCGGGCACCUACAGCUCCUCCUCGCUUCCACUUGCCAUCGCCGCUCAGCAACGCAAAUUGUCCGGUCGCUAUGCGCUCGCCGAUUUCGCCGUCGAGCGCACUCUAGGCACGGGCAGUUUCGGUCGUGUCCAUCUCGUCCGCUCGCGCCACAACCACCGCUUCUACGCCAUCAAGGUGCUGCGCAAGGAGCAGGUGGUCAAGAUGAAGCAGGUCGAGCACACCAAUUCCGAACGUGCCAUCCUGUCCAUUGUGCGUCACCCUUUCCUCGUCAACCUCUGGGGCACGUUCAAGGAUUCCACCUUCCUCUAUAUGGUCAUGGACUAUGUUCCUGGUGGCGAGCUGUUCACGCUUUUGCGCAAGUCACAGCGAUUCCCGCACCCAGUGGCCAAGUUCUACGCCGCCGAAGUGGCGCUCGCCAUCGACUACCUGCAUCAGAACAACAUCAUCUAUCGAGACUUGAAACCGGAAAACAUCCUGCUGUCCGCGGACGGUCAUCUCAAGAUUACGGACUUUGGGUUCGCGAAGUACGUUCCGGAUGUCACCUGGACGUUGUGUGGUACACCGGACUACCUUGCGCCCGAGAUUGUCAGCAGUAAAGGAUACAACAAGUCGGUGGACUGGUGGGCGCUCGGCGUUCUGCUGUACGAAAUGCUCGCCGGUCACCCACCCUUCUUCACGGAAGAUGGAAACCCGAUCAAGUUGUACGAGAAGAUCAUCGCAUGCAAAGUGCGAUAUCCACCGUACUUCGAGACUGGGGUUAAAGAUCUGCUCAAGAACCUCCUCACCGCCGACCUCUCCAAACGGUACGGAAACCUUCGUCGUGGAAGCAAGGACAUCUUCGGUCACAUGUGGUUCGCCGAAGUCGACUGGGAUAGGCUGUACAGGCGCGAAAUUCCCGCACCCUACCUGCCGACCGUUACGGCCGAUGGUGAUAGUAGCCAGUUCGAGAGGUAUCCGGAAAACGAUGUCACCGAAUACGACCGUACGGAUCUGCCGGACAAUUUGGGUCAUUUGUUCCCCGAUUUUUAG